UUCCGUAGUUCUUUCGCUUUCUCUUCCUGUUCGCCACUCCUCCUCGUCCCGCCAUGGAUCACCUCUUCAACUUCAUUCCGCUCUUUGGGUGUUAGUUUGACUUACAUGAUAUAUCUUGUGUUGUAGCGCUACUCGACGCCAUGUUUACCACCAGCGGGUCCCGGGGUUUGUACAAGGCUCCUUUGUCCAAAGGCCUCCUGCUGGUGCUUAGCGGGCUCACAGUCAUGCUCAGCCUUCUUCCACAGCACCAAAACAUGUUUGAGUACAACCUGCAUGCUGUCAGACAACAGCAGCAAGUGUGGAGGUUGUUGUGUGGCAGGCUGGUGUGUCUGGAUGUGAAGGAUUCCUUCUGCAGCGGCCUUUUAAUCUACAACUUCAGGAUCUUUGAGAGGAGGUUUGGCUCCAGGAAGUUUGCUUCCUUCCUGUUGGGCACCUGGUGUCUCUCUGCACUGCUGGACUUCCUGUUGGCUCAAGCUGUCUUCUUCCUCUUUGACUACGAGGUGGAGGAGCUCCCUGCAGGACCGCUGGCCCCAGUCUUCUCCCUCUUUGUGCCUUUCUACUGCUCCAUCCCCAAGGUGGUGGUCACACAGGUGCUGGGUCACAUCAACAUCACCAACAAGACUCUGGUCUACAUCGUCGGGCUGCAGCUGCUGACGUCCAGCCCCUUCAUGUGGCUCCUGGCGCUCAGCGGACUGGUCUCGGGUGCUUUGUACCACUCCAACCUUCUCUGGGUGCAGAAGCUUCUCUUCGUGCCCGCCUGGCUGGGUUUUGUCGCACGCUACCUCCUGGAGCCCGUCUUCUCCAGCUCGCAGCCGACUAAUGAGGCUCCACUGGGGAUGGGUGCCACUCUGGACGUCCAGAGGCAGCAGAGGAUGGACCAACUGGAUCAACAGCUGCUCCUGGCCCAGUUCAACGAGGCCCGCGUGAACACCCGACACACACCACAGGCCAGUUUGCUGCAGUGGACCCGGUUGUUUCCCAGACUGAGGCGAAGAGGAGCGAACAGGCCCCCCGCAGAGCCUGGCCCACAGAUCCAGACGCAGCCCUCCGCCCAGGCGCCGCCAUUAGACAACUCGGUGGCAGAAGAGCAAGUUGCAAAGCUGGUAGAGAUGGGCUUCUCCAGGACGGACGCCCUGGAGGCCCUCAGAGCGUCCAACAACGACAUCAACAUGGCCACCAACUUCCUCCUGCAACACUGACAGACAACCGUGCUGUGAGAGCAGGAAUAGACGUAAAGCAGAAGAGGCGUGGCUAAGGCCAACAUUUCCUGUGCAGGUAAUGUGCCAGGCAGCGGGCGGGCAGGUGGCGCCCCAAGACGGAGCAGUUGUGACCCACCAGGAGGUUUGAAGCACAAAGUGGGACACUGGGGGAGGGGGAGAGGGGGCAGCUAUUCAGACAACAAGACUCGUGUUACGGCUUUCAAAAAAACUCUUCUCAUUACUACUUUCCACUAACCAUACCUGUCUUAAUCAUAUGCAAAACCUCCCACAACAGAUAGAUAUAUUUUUAUACAGUAUGCACUUCACACUGCAUUUAAAAUGGCAUUGGUUAUAUUUAAAUAGUCCAAACUCUUUUCUUUCUUCAAAGUAUGAAGCACAUGACCUUUUAUUACCUUCAUUCUUGUAGAAGUCUGCAUAGGUUCCAUGUUUUUUUGUUGUUUUUUGUCAAGAAGUGUGACUAAUACAACAUUAGGUGCACCCGCGCAGUGGAAAUACAUAAACGCUCCAAUUAUAACCGUCUAUAGACCUAACCCGCAAUGGAUGUGUACUAAUUGGAAUGUAGCUGUUAUUUCCAAAAUUGUAAAAAACUAAGAGCUUCAUCGCAGAUUUUGGGGGAUUUUUUUAAAAGCAUAUUUUAUUAUAUUUUUGGUCCUAAAUGAAGCAUUUUCAUCUAUAAAAUGUCUGAAUAAACUACUAAUAUCAAUCAGACCCCAAACUAAUCAGAGUGUGCUGGUCAUUAUGGUGGCCACUGAUUGGCAGCUUUACUAUAUUAUAAUAUUUGUUAUUAGCAAGUUCCACCUCUUUCCGAGUACCACCAUAAUGACCAACAUUAAAAUACAGUGGCGUAGUAGGCCUAAAUAUUUAUUAAAAACAAGGCAGAGUUUUUAUUUAGCAAGUAUAGUUCAUAUUUUUACACACAAUGCACAAACAAUGAUACUCGAUAAUUAGACUUCUUUGGCCUACCAUAAAUGGAGCCCACCUACCACGAGUGGUACAUGUUUGUGAAUUAAUGAUAUUGAAUUAAAAGAGGGUAAAAGUGACUAAAGGGUGAUAUUUCAUGUCUUGACAAAUGUAUUUAUAAAGUUUUAAACAGGUUUUUAUGCUGCAUAUUCAAUAAUUCUCCGGAACCAAUUUACAGCGAUAAACAAGGGACGACUGUAUAUUUAACAAGUGCAUUUUUUAAAACUUGACAGAAAAAGUGGAAAGGAAAACGCCGCGCAAUUUUGAUCAGCCGGUCAUUUUUUUUAAAAAACAAGUUUAUUGCGCAAUACUGCGAACCAACGUUGCUAUGGUGAUGAAGAUGAAACCGCUCAGUCCACAUGGACGCCGCUGAUGGGUUCCAGUGUUUCCCAUAAACUGCCAAGAUACCUGUGGCGGUGGGGGCGUGGCCAUGGGCGUGGUCACCAUGACAUCAUCAAGAAAUUUGCAUAAUUUACUACAAUGAUAUGAUUUUCUCUAAAAAGGCUAAAAAAAUGUAUACUUACUAAUUAAUAACAGUUUUGUUUUAAACGUCCAUCCAUCCAUCCAUUUUACAAUAUAAUUACAACACUUUAUGUACAUAUUUAUAUACAGAUUUGAACAAUAAGUUAUUCACUGAAAUAUAUUUAUUAAUUGUGGUUCUUACAAAAAAUAUAUCUUAUAAAAUAUAAAAGCUAAAAUGUCUCUUAAAGCUCUGCCCCUUUAAUUAGUGCAUACUAAAUAAUUUAACUUUAGCCUACUACUACAACCAUAUUAUUUACCAGCAACAUAAAGUGAAACAGAGGCAGAGGUGUCCUGCCACAGUCAGUAACAAAUAAACAGAAAACAGUAGUGGUCAAAUAUAAAUAAGGCAACAAGAGAAGUAUCCUACACUUCUCUUUUGUAAAGUAAAUCUGAACAGCCUAUAUGGGCAUCUACAUCAACUAUAUGAUUUGCCUGAGAAGCUAGACAGGACAAAAAAAUAAUAAUUUUUUAAAAAUUUUUUUUAAAUUUAUUUGUGGCGGACGUAAUUCUUUCGUGGCGGGCGGCCACAAAUAAAUGAAUGUGUGGGAAACACUGGGUUCAUUGUAACAUGCAUGAAUUUUACUAAUAGUUGAGCAUGUAGAGGUCGGUGGAGGUUGCCUACAGCCACAGCUGCCUUAUUUUGAGUGCACUGGUCCGAGAGCCCAAUGGCUGUUUGCUGCGGUCAAGUGUUGAUUGGAUCAUUUUACGCCUGCCUUUACAAAGGUUGUAAAUUAGUGGCGACGCAGAGAAUGACCUUUGUCAAGGCAGCUCCUGCACUGGUGUACCUAAUGCUCAAAGACUGUGUUUGAAGUGGAAGACGUCCUACAUGUUGAAUGUAUUAUGCAACAAGUACAACAGAGGCUAUACCCAAGCGUAAGGCAAGUUAAUUACAUAGAGCACAUUUUGUUAGCAAGGCUAUUCCAAGUGCUGUACAGAUGCAGACAAAAUCCUAGAACUAAUCAUGAAUGAACUGACUUCAAAGCGAACACGUUCAGCUGUCAUUUGCACAGCAAGUGUUUUUGAGGCCUCAUUUUGGGCAAACUGAAAAUCUUGGCACAUACUGGACAGUGUUUAUACAAAAAUAAUAGUCAGGUACAACAGGCUGCCGUUGUGUAUUGCUGUCAGUGGCAGGUACCAGUUUUGUGCGGAAUGUUAAUGUAUGAACACUCUGAUUUGUUAUUAGGGCGAGUUAAAAGUGCGUGACUAAGGACAUGUUGCAGGGGUUCACUAUUGUGGUGACAAAUCACCUGCUUGGUGGAAUAAAUCUACUUGCUGACUGAAGUUUGCUUCGCACAUUCAAUAUGGAAUAUAAUCUAAUCUGUUUUUGUUGAAGGGGAACUGCACUUUUUUUUGGAAUGUUGCCUAUUGUUCACAAUCAUGAUGACAGACAAGAACACACGUCUUUAUUUUUAUUUUAUUUUUCAAUUUUAGAGGUGAUAAAAAAAAACGCUUAAAAGAUGUGGCUAAUGAGAGUCACCGUUGUAGCCUUCAAAGUCUCUAAAACUACUUUUAUGUAUAUAAUGUAGUUACAGACACCUUCAUAACAAUAUGUAAUAUGUACAAUAUACACACUGCAAGUAUAUAUAUAAUGUAGUAACAGACACCUUCAUAACAAUAUGUAAUAUGUACAAUAUACACACUGCAAGUAUAUAUAUAUAAUGUAGUAACAGGCACCUU